AUGGAACCUAGCACCACCCCUCUAGCCCAGUACAUCUGGGGCGAGGAGAACUUGCAGCGUCGGAUAGAAGUGCUCAAGGAGCUUGAGCACCACCCAGUCCUCAGCGUCAAGGUUAACCUUGCGGGGCUGUCCCGCCGUGAUAACUGGGCAGUCCGUGUGCAGCAGGCGCAGGCCCUCGUCGAGCUUUAUUUUCGCAAAGGCUGGAGCCAAGAGCACUUCCUCACGAGUAACCGGAUCCUGGGAGAUAUGCCUAGCGCGCCCCAAUUUCGCAUCUUCAUCAAGAAUCUACAAGCCCAAAUGAGCCCCGAGCAGAAAGCCUACUGGGUCCCCAAGGCCGAGCGCUUCGAGAUCCUGGGCUGCUACGCACAGACCGAAGUCGGCCAUGGCAGCAAUCUCGGUGGCAUCGAAACCCGUGCGACCUUUGAUCCAGAGACGGAUGAAUUCAUCCUGGAGUCGCCCACUGUCACAAGCAGCAAGAUAUGGAUCGGGGCUCUGGGCGCUUGGGCGACCCACGCCAUCGUCGUGGCCAGGUUGAUUGUCAAGGACAAGGAGUUUGGUAACCAUCUCUUCUUUGUUCAGGUGCGCGAUCUAAAGACGCACGAUGUCCUGCCAGGGAUCACGAUCUAUGAGCAGCGCGACAAGACUUUGGGGACGAUUCGGGGCAUCGACAACGGUGUCAUGCGCUUCUUCGGCCAUCGGAUUCCGCGUUCGCAUAUGUUUGCAGGCUCGAGCUCGCUGAGCCGUGAUGGUACGUAUAGCCCGCCGAGGAACAAGAGCCACUCGUACACAUCGAUGAUCAUUAUCCGUGGCUUGCUGUCAUCCGAGCUCGCUUUUGAUGCGAUGCGGUGUCUCUAUAUCGCGGCUUACUAUACAGCCUUCCGCCGCCAAUUUGGCGCCAAUGGUCCUGGCCAGGAGGAGUCCCCGGUGAUCCAAUACGCCAGUGUUAAGAAUCGACUGUUUAGCGCGAUUGCGAGGGAAGUCACCAUCAUCCUCAACGGUCGUCAGAUCACUGCAGCCAUUGAAAGUGGAAUUGGAAGCAGCCUGGAUAACCUACACAUCAUGACUGUUGGGGGAAAGGUCUACGCCAGCGAGCAUGCGGCAAGGGACGUAGAAGUUGCGCGCCUUCUUUGUGGAGGGCACGGACACCACGAGAGUGCGGGAUUCGGUGCCCCGUACGCGCUGCUCUCCGCCAGCAGGACCUAUGAAGGAGACAGCUAUGUUAUUUCACUCCAGCUAGGACGAGCGAUUAUAAAGAAUUGGGCGAGAGCAGAGGAAGACCAACUGCCUGCACUGGCCUACCUGCGCCGGGUCAAGAAUCCGUCCGCUUAUCAGCAACGGGUCGGUCAAGGCAAAAAUACCAACUGGUACGACCCUGCGGUGCAGGAAGACGUUCUCGAGCAACGCGUCGCACUGCUUGCAGGCGGCUUCCUUGCAGACGAAAAAGAAGGAAAAGACACCAGCUUCCAGGUCCUUGAACUGACCAUGGCUCAUACUGACCUGCACUACAUGCGCGGUCUCUACGCCGCUCUCGAGAGCGCGCCUCCUGAGUCCCAGGUUGCUUUAAAGGCACUCGCAAACUUGUAUAUAUUCGACACCAUUACGAGGGGCCUAUCGACCUUUGCUGGAAGCUCGUAUCUUAGCCUGAGCGACUUACAGGGUUUGAAGGCUUCUCUCGAGAAGAGCGUUGCAGACUUUGAGCCUCACCUGUAUACCAUCUUAGAGGCAUUUUCGUUUACUCCGCUGGAGACAAAGAGUACGCUUUGCCCGGUUGACAAGACACCCUACGAGGCGAUCGUGGACUGGUCCAAGGGUAGCGAGUUGAACGAUAACACCUUCAUGCGCCCAGUUAUUUUGGAUGUUCGGUCGAUGUGGAAGAAGUUCGAGCAGCCGAAGCUGUGAGGGAAUGCUUUCGCAAAGGGCUGGCGGAUAAAUUUUUUUAGGGUUAUUGAUAAUCUAUCUGACACUGCGAUCAUCGGU